AUGGUUCGGUCUUCUUCCGACUCCUCUCAAGCAGAAUACUCUCACAAGGCCACUGUGGCUGCCAUCACAUCCUACUAUGAACUUCUCGCCCGCGUACACCCUGACAUUGUCUCUUCUCUCGAGUACCCUCCCUCCGGAGGAUGGCCUCAGAUUACGUCUGAAUUCUUCUCCAUCUUGGGCCGAAAUGAUACCGUCAUUGAGUUGAUGCGGCACAUUCCAAGGACCCAUGAAGAAAGCCGCGCGUAUAAUGAGGAAGUGCGGCCUGUCCCUCAGGACAAGAUUGGUGCCAAUCCUGACUACUCUCCUGAGGGCGGAGGAGUGCCGAUCACAUCCAGCAUGUUCACCUUGGCGGUGCUGGCCGCAGAGAUACAAGAGGGCUUUGAUAUCCUUCUUGAGACGGAACACAACAUCGUCAUUGUGGUCAGAGUUAGAGAGGAACCCCACACGGAGCAAUGGAAGGUUAUGAACUGGAUGUCAAAAAUGGAAUGGGCUGGCCAGAUUGGGAAGAGAUACCGGUCCGCAGAAACAGAGCUUGACGAGACAUACGGCGAUGGUCUCAGGCAAAAGAUCAUGCGGGAAGCUGGCUGGCCCGGUACAGGGGAAGAAGUUGGCUUGGGAUGGGACAAGGCAAAGGCAGAGAAACAGAUGAUUGAGCUCAUGUAG